AACACAACCUCGUUAACUAUUACUAGAAAGAAAGAAAAAAAGAGAAGACCUGCUGAAAGAAUGGUUCAAAUCAUUAAUCAAACACAGAAAAAGAAAACAUUUCAAUAAAGAAACCCACUAUGUCCCUUGACUCCGAAGACUCACCGUCUCCUUCCUUCGACAGGGACUGGUUCUUCCCUUCACCUUCCUUCAUCCACCAGUCACCUCCAAAAUCCCACCGCAGAUUCUCCACGACUCCCAAGCAUUCUCCUGGUCCCAAACUCUCUAAAUCGCAGUCUUUUCGACCAUCCUCCUCUACCCCCCCCGCAGCCACUUCUAAAUACGGCAUACUUCGCCGGCGCGUGGAAUUCCCUCGACCACUGGUCAAACCUUCAAAACAAGAACAACAUGAUUCCUUUUUGGACCGGAAACCUGUUGUUCCCAGUGAGAAGAAGCAGUCUACUGAGAAGGUUUCUUCCGGGCCAUCGGUUCAUCGGGUCAGAUUCGGAUGGAAUUUGACCAUCACAGUAGCUAUUGUUAUUACUGCUUUGGCUUCGUCGGUAUACAAGAAUUUUACCUUACAUAACCAAGUAAUUGAUUUGCAGGAUCAAAUAUUGAAACUAAAUGUUACAUUGCGAGCAUGUAAUUCAUUAUCCAAUGUAGAUGCUUCUGAUUCAGUAAUGCAGGAGAUUGAUGAUUACGAUUAUGGUGGUGAUAAUGGGUUAAAGAAUUUGGCUUUGAUUGUUUCACUUACGCUAUUGUCUAUUCCAGUUCUUGCUUUCAAGUACAUUGAUUUUGUAUCAACAUCGAGAUCGUCGGGUAAUAUCUGGGAAGCGGUGCUAUUGAAUAAGCAGCUUGCAUAUCGGGUGGAUGUUUUCUUAUCGGUUCGUCCAUAUGCGAAGCCUUUGGCGUUGUUAGUUGCGACACUGCUGGUUAUUUGUCUUGGUGGCUUGGCAAUGUUUGGUGUGACAAAUGAUAGUUUAGCGGAUUGUCUUUGGUUGUCUUGGACGUUUGUAGCGGAUUCAGGCAAUCAUGCUAAUACCGAGGGGAUUGGUCCAAGGCUUGUUUCUGUUUCUAUUAGCUUUGGUGGGAUGCUUAUUUUUGCUAUGAUGCUUGGGCUCGUGUCUGACGCUAUUUCUGAGAAGUUCGAUUCAUUAAGGAAAGGAAAAAGCAAAGUGGUUGAGCAAAACCAUACUCUAAUUCUUGGGUGGAGUGAUAAAUUAGGAUCACUGCUGAAUCAGCUUGCUAUAGCCAAUGAGAGUUUGGGGGGAGGAAUUGUGGUGGUGAUGGCUGAACGAGACAAAGAAGAGAUGGAAAUGGAUAUUGCUAAAAUGGAGUUCGACUUCAAAGGAACAUUUGUCAUAUGCAGAAGCGGGAGCCCUUUAAUUCUGGCUGACCUGAAAAAGGUAUCUGUCUCCAAGGCCCGUGCAAUAAUUGUCCUUGCUGAAGAUGGAAAUGCUGACCAGAGUGAUGCUCGUGCAUUGAGAACCGUCUUAAGUCUUAUAGGAGUGAGAGAAGGGCUGAAAGGGCACAUUGUCGUGGAGCUAAGUGAUCUUGACAAUGAGGUUCUUGUGAAACUUGUUGGUGGAGAUCUUGUCAAAACUGUUGUAGCUCAUGAUGUUAUUGGCCGCUUGAUGAUUCAAUGUGCUCGGCAGCCAGGACUUGCACAGAUCUGGGAAGACAUACUUGGGUUUGAAAAUUGUGAGUUUUAUAUCAAAAGAUGGCCACAGUUGCACGGCAUGCAAUUUGAGGACAUACUAAUCAGUUUCCCUGAUGCUAUACCUUGUGGGAUCAAGGUUGCUUCCUUUGGGGGUAAAAUUAUCCUGAAUCCUGAAGACUCAUAUGUUCUACAAGAAGGUGAUGAAGUCCUUGUCAUAGCAGAAGAUGACGAUAGCUAUGCUCCAGCAGCAUUACCUACGGUAUGGAGAGGAAGUCUACCCAAAGACUUUAUUGGUCCAAAGUCUGCAGAAAAGAUAUUAUUCUGUGGUUGGAGACGUGACAUGGAAGAUAUGAUUAUGGUGUUGGAUGCAUUUUUAGCACAAGGUUCGGAGCUCUGGAUGUUCAAUGAUGUUCCUGAAAAAGAGAGGGAAAAGAAGCUUAUUGAUGGCGGCCUAGACUUGAGUAGGUUGGAAAAUAUACAAUUGGUUAAUCGAGAGGGAAAUACAGUCAUAAGACGUCAUUUAGAAAGCCUUCCUUUGCAAUCUUUUGAUUCAAUUUUAAUUUUGGCUGACGAGUCAGUUGAAGAUUCAGCCAUGCAAGCAGACUCCAGAUCUCUUGCCACAUUACUAUUGAUUCGUGAUAUUCAGUCGAAGCGUCUCCCAAUGUCAAACCAGGUUCAUGGAGGGAGCUUCUCACAAGGCACGUGGAUUGGGGAGAUGCAGCAGGCUUCAGAUAAAUCAGUAAUAAUAAGUGAAAUUCUGGACCCAAGAACUAAAAAUUUACUGUCCAUGUCAAAGAUCAGCGAUUAUGUUCUAUCAAAUGAGCUUGUCAGCAUGGCGCUGGCCAUGGUCGCAGAGGAUCAACAAAUAAAUGAUGUAUUAAAAGAGCUCUUCGCAGAGGAGGGAAAUGAGCUACAAAUAAGGCAAGCAGAUCUUUACCUUUUUGAAGGCGAGGAAUUGAGUUUCUAUGAAGUACUCUUACGAGCCAGACAGAGAAGAGAGAUUGUCAUUGGAUACCGUGUAUCUAAUGCUGAAAGAGCUGUUAUCAAUCCACCCGCCAAAAGUGAGAGAAGGAGGUGGUCACUAAAAGACGUUUUUGUGGUUAUUGCAGAGAAGGAAUGGGAAUGAGACAUUUUUGUCUUCACACACCAUAACAGGAUAUGUUCUUUGAAAAAAAUCCGAUGGGCACCUACGAAAAUAGCAACAGCAAGUGUUCUGCAGUUUCUGCUGAGUCUGGCAAAAGAAGAAGAAAAAAGUACUGCAGAGGUACAUAUGUGCAAUGGGAGAAUGUACAUUCACAUCUAGAAUAUUUCUUGUACAAAAGUUCAACCUCAGAAGUUUUGGAUUUUUGGCAAGGAUAGAGUCCCCGGUCAAUUGGUAAAUUCGAUUGCCAACCACUGAAAAUUCUAGUAGAUUUUUUCCCACAAUUUGCUUAUACUGUGAUGAGGCAGCAAGCAAUGAAACAACUCAUUGUUCUGAAUUAACAUGCUAGAGAGCCUAAGAGCUUUAUGUAAAAUGUUUAUAGUUGCGAACAGAAUCAUGUACUUGUAUUACAAACCACAUAUUUGGUUACGAAAGAGUUGUACUGUUUCCCAGGAUGUGAUUGUAGA